GUGGAAAUUCACUUGUCCGUCAACUUUUUUCCGGCGCUUCUAGAGCGGACCGCUGUGCGCUUCAUUGAUAAAGCCUGCUUUGCUCCCUGGCAAUUUACACAGGGCUAGCCGGAUCUGUAUUUUUCUCUCCUUUAUUCCACCCUCCUUAUUUAGCCUGCCCACUUUUCCCUUGAGGCGUUUCAGCUCUUGCAAAUACUCCUGUCCUUCUGGGUCGCCGAUUCACUACCAGUAUUCGCCCUCUUGUUACUUCUAGCCACCAUUUGUUCAUAAUCUCAGAAACACAGCCCUCACACACGCAAAUAUGAAGCGGAUACGCUACAACAGCCCGAUGACCCAAGUGGUCAUCAUGAGCCUCAUUUGCUUCCUGUGCCCAGGCAUGUUCAACGCCCUGAAUGCUGUUGGCGGUGCCGGGCAGGUUGACCGGACAGUGUCCAACAACACAAACACCGGACUGUACUGUACAUUCAUCGUGUUUGGUGUUCUUGGUGGCGCCAUUGUCAACCUGUGUGGAAUUCGCUGGACCAUCUUCCUCUCUGGUCUGACGUACUCUCUCUACUCGGCCUCGUACAUCUACUACAACCACACCAAAAACGGUGCAUUCACCAUUAGCACCGGCCCGAUUCUCGGGAUUGGCGCUGGUAUUCUGUGGUCUGCGCAGGGAAUGAUCAUGAUGUCGUAUCCGAACGAGAAUCAGAAGGGAAGGUACAUUUCCAUUUUCUGGGUCAUCUUCAACCUCGGCGGCGUCAUAGGCGGUAUCGUCCCGUUCGUAGUCAACUUCAACGAGGACCGCGACAGCCCGGCGAAGCCACUGCCUGAUGCCGGCUACAUCGUCUUCGUUGCGCUUGAGGCCCUGGGUGCGCUUGCUGCUCUUGCCUUGGCCCCGCCCGAGCGUGUCGUGCGCGGCGACGGCUCACACGUCGUGCUGAUGCGCUACACUGACGUGCGCUACGAGGCAAUCGAGGUGCUCAAGCUGUUUAUGAACCCGUGGAUGCUGCUUCUGCUGCCCAUGUGCUUUGUGUCCAACUUCUUCUACUCGUACCAGUGGGGUGCCUUCAACGGCUCGCUGUUCACUAUCCGCACGCGUGGACUGAACUCGAUGCUGUACUGGGCAUCGCAGAUGGCCGCCGCAUACGUGAUCUCGUUCCUGCACGACCGUGAGAAAAUGAGCCGCCGCCACCGGGCACUCACGUCACUAGGCAUUGUGGCCAUCCUGGGCAAUGUCAUGUGGGGAUGCACUCUGGUCAUGCAGCAGCGGUACACGCACGGCCCGACCACGACCGCUGACACUGACUACCCAGGCGGUCUGAUCGACUUCACCGAGUCCUCUCGCGCAGUGGGCCCGAUCAUCCUGUUCUGCUUCAUGGGCGGCGUCGAUGCGCUGUGGCAGUCCCUGGCAUACUGGAUGCUGGGUACUCUGACCAACGACUCGCAGAUGCUUGCCCGCUACGCUGGCUUCUACAAGGGCAUGCAGUCGCUUGGCGCCGCCGUCGCCUGGCAGCUCGAUGCCAAGGGCGUCACGCUGAUGCACCAGCUCAUUGCCAACUGGGUGCUGAUGGCCUGCGCGCUGCCCUUCAUGUUCUACGUUGCCUACAACAUCAAAAACCAGUCCGAUGAGGUCGAGGAUCUGCCGGCCGACGAUUGGCUCAUCAAGGGCAACCACGACGACCUCGAGUACCUCUAAAAAGCCCUGUUCUCCACGUGUAGUUUCUUGGUUUGAAAAUAAAAAGAUGAAACACCUGUAAUGAAAA